UAUAACACACGGCAGCCAGCCACAAUGUGUGUCAGAGGACUGUCUGUACUCGCAACGUAGAUGAGCGCUUCAAAUCUGGUGUCUGUAUUACUGACUGCGCGAGACUGCGAGAGAAUAAAACUGGUUCGCACAUUAUCAUCCCAAGUCAGGACGAGGUUUCACGAUUGAGGGAUAGAAUGCCGGCGAUCACAAGUAAAAACUCCGAUUUGGAGUUUGACUCCUUACAACCUUGUUUCUACCCGGAUGAGGACGAUUUCUACUUCUGUGGUCCCGACUCUGCGCCACCGGGGGAGGACAUCUGGAAGAAAUUCGAGUUGCUGCCCACUCCGCCCCUCUCCCCGAGCCGAGCCGCGCUACCGGGGGAGCCGGCGAGUGCAGACCCGGAAGCAGACCCACUUGGGUUCGGCUUGUGUGACCCACUGGACUGGGCUUCCGAGCUGCUGCUCCUGCCAGAGGAUGAUAUCUGGGGCGCGUCCUACGAUGGGGACCUGUUCGGCUCCGCUUUGGAUACUAACCCCAACAGCAUCAUUAUCCAGGACUGUAUGUGGAGCGGCUUUUCUGCCAGGGAAAAGCUGGAGCGUGUGGUCACGGAGAAACUCGGGAAAGCCAUCUCCACGGCCACAGCGGGCGGCAGGAGCGUGUGCGUCAAGGCGCCGGAGACGGUCAGCAGCCGCAGCUCCAUGUCAGAGUGCGUGGACCCUGCGGUAGUGUUUCCUUUCCCGGUGAACAAGAAGAGCAGCAGCAGCAGCAGCAGCAGCAGCAGCGGCAGCAGCAGCAGCAGGAGUGGCGGCAGAGACUCAGCCGGGACCGUUAACGCACAGACAAACCACGGGAACACAUCCAGUGACUCAGAAGAGGAAGAUGAUGAUGAAGUAGAAGAGGAACACGAGGAGGAGGAGGAGGAGGAGGAGGAGGAAGACGAGGAGGAGGAAGAGGACGAAGACGACGAAGAGGAAGAGGAGGAGAUCGACGUGGUUACAGUAGAGAAGAGGCGCUCCACAAUCAACAAAGCGUCCCCCAUGGCAACAGGCACUGUCACUAUCUCCAUUCAUCCCAAGAGUCAGGACGCAAGAGGAACCGUCUCAGGGUCCGGCGUGGUGAGCCGGUUCGUCAGCCGAGCUCCGCAGGAGCUGAUCCUGAAGAGGAGCUCAGUACACCAGCAGCAACACAACUACGCAGCGCCCUCACCGUACGCUUCAGACGACGACCCCGCACCGCCGUCGAAGAAGCAGAAAACGUCAGACGCCCCGCGACCUCCCACCAGAAGCAUCUCGUCGUCCUCCUCGUCGUCGUCCUCCAUGUCCUGCAGUUCGGUCACCAGCACGCGGAGCAAGCGCAGCACCAGCGGCGACAGCAGCCCGCGCGGCAGCUCCGACUCGGAGGACAGCGAGCGCCGGCGCAACCACAACAUUCUGGAGCGCCAGCGCCGCAACGACCUGCGCUCCAGCUUCCUCACGCUGCGCGACCACGUGCCGGAGCUGGCACACAACGAGAAGGCGGCAAAGGUGCUGAUCCUGAAGAAGGCGACAGAGUACGUGAGCUCGCUGGAGACGGAGGAGAUGAGGCUCCAGCAGGAGAAGGACAGACUGCAGGCCCGCAGGCAGCAGCUGAUGCGCAGGCUGGAGCAGGCAAGGACUCGCUAACAGACAACCGAUACAACACAGAAACACUCAUAUAAACCCUGGACGAACCCCUCUUGUCUCAACUCAGUCUGCCUGAAACAACAUUUAGACCCAAACACACAAACACAGGCCUUUACACUUCAGCACAGACACAAAAGGCCUGCAUAUCUGUUGUAUUAUGUGCGCACACAAACACAAUAUCUCAGAGGAUGUUUAUCUUCAGACGCCAGCACACGCCUGGAGGAGGAGGAGGAGGAGGAGGAGGGGGUUUGCUGGAGGGAUGCUCGGACUUUCACUGCCGCCACUUUUUUUGCACAUUUGUUGACAUUAAGAAUGUUUAGGGUUUACUUCUUCUUUUUUUUCCCCAAUCUAUUCAUAUUGAGGAAAGAUAGAAAGAAAAAAAGAUUGAGGGAGGAAGAAGAGUGGACACACUUUCUUUCUUUUUGGUCUUCCCUCCCUCUGGUUUUUCUUUUAUAUCAUUUCUACUUGUACCUUGUUUUUUUUUUUUUUUUAUAUAUAUAUAUUUUUUUUGUACUCACUGUGACACCAGCCCGGAAUCAGGUGAUUCCCACAGGGACGGGUGUUCGAGGGCACUUUGCUUGGAGAGUUCACAUACAAGAAGCAGUGCACAUUUUACUUUGCCUUCACCACUGCAAAAAAAACAAAACAAAACUGAAGAGACUAUGACGACGGAGGCGUAUUGGGUCACACAAACAAAGCCACUACAGGUUCUUGCUCUCUAAACUCCUCACACUGGUGCUCAAACCAAGUCAGUGGAUGUAUAACUGUGCACCUUGCUAGCCGACACUUUUGUAUAUAACAAUAGUGUACAGACAAAAUACACUCAGAUCUGCCUUGUUUUGUAAUACAAUAUGUCCUUGUUUUUUUUUAUAUAUAUAUA